CCAGUUUGCCAGUUUGCGAGUUGGCAGUUGUGAGUCGCCAGCGUCGCCUUCAUCACACGCUAAACACACACACCAAACCCAAACAAGAAAAAAAUCGUCGCGUCGCGUCGCGUUUUGCGUUUCGUCUCGUUUUCGUUACGUUUGUCGUCGUCGUCUUGCCGAUCCUGCCCAGAGCGAGAUAGCGAGAGGUAGAGAGUGAGAGAGAGAGAGAGAGGGAGAGAAAGCUAGUGUGUGUGUGUGUGUGUGUGUGUGUGCGAGUGUGUGUGUGUGCUAGAAUGACGGCACGCAUGAAUACGACGGCAACAAUGGUGGCCCAUAUGGCGCCCAGUCGGCAUACAACGCCCGAGCAGCUGGCCCGGCUCAUCGAUGUGCAUUUGGGUGAGCUGCGCGAGGAGCAGCCCAACUGGAUGCUGGCGCCAUCGCCAGUUGCCGGACGUGGUGUGUUUGCGACACGUGACAUUGCCGCCGGCGAGCUGAUAUUUCGCGAGCACGCCUUGGUUGUGGGUCCGACUGCGCGGAAGGGUUCCCAACUGAAUACGUGCGUCUGCUGCCACCAGCUGUUGUCCGCCAAGCGGUUCCUCUGCCCGCAUCUGUGUACGCUGCCCGUGUGCGCUGAGUGCGCCGAUUCGGAGUCGCAUCGCAAUGAGUGCGCUCACUUUCAGCGCUGGCAUCCCAAGGAACUCGACGAACAGGUGCAGCCGGAUGUGAACGGUGCGCCAGCGGAUGCUGAUAAAAUGGAUGUGGUGAAUCCGCUCUCGCUGCGCAUUUUGACGGCGGUGCGCGUUUUCUAUUUGAGCAAGGAGCAGCGUGCUCUGGUGGAUGCCAUGCAGGCGAAUGCCGAGCGUGGCUAUCGCCAGGAGAUCAUCAAGGCGGCGCAAUGUUUUCGCAAAUUCCCAACCACAGACAAACCGUUCAUGGAUCAGUUGUUCCGCGUAGUCGGUGUCCUCAAUACGAACGCUUUCGAGGCACCAUGCCGCGUCGACACCCACGAGACGCUGCUGCGCGGCCUCUUCCCGCUGACGGCGAUCAUGAACCACGAGUGCACGCCCAAUGCCAGCCACUACUUUGAGAACGGGCGUCUGGCGGUGGUGCGGGCGGCACGGGCGAUACCCAAGGGUGGCGAGAUAACCACCACCUACACCAAGAUCCUCUGGAGCAAUCUCACGCGCGGCAUUUUCCUCAAGAUGACCAAGUACUUUGUGUGUAACUGCGACAGAUGCAACGACAACUCUGAGAAUGGAACCUAUUUGGCGGCGCUGUUCUGCCGGGAGCAGGGCUGCAAGGGGCUGGUGAUACCCGUGCAGACGAAGACACUGCAGCCAGACUGGCGCUGCCUCAGCUGUGAGAAUGUAUUCCCACACUCAAAGAUGGCCCGCUAUCAGGACUUUGCCCUCAACACGAUCAACAAUCGGAUUAACACGUGCAGUGUUCGCGACAUGAUACAUUUCAUCAAUGAUCUGUGUCCGCGGUUUUGUCCGCCCUCCAACUAUGUGCUCAUCGAGGCCAAGCUCAACGUCAUCUGGCGCAUGACACGACUGGGCGCCGAGGAGUACUCGCCGGAGGAGCUGGCCCACAAGGAUCGAUAUCGCGAGGAGAUUCUGGCUAUAUUACAUAAGCUUGGCGCUGGCGAGUGUACACUGAAGAAGCUCAUCAAUGAGGAGAUCAAGUGACCUAAUCCAGUGGGAGCCGACAGUUGACCGACCCCUCACCCAACUAUGUGUGUGUCUGAUUGUGUAUGUGUCUGUUCGUGUAUGUGUGUUAGUGUGUGUUAGUUGGGUCAGCUGUUGGCAAUUGAGUUGUGGUAUCUAGUGAAAAGUGUUUUUUUUUCCCCUCUAUUUUGUAAUCACUUAAGGAAUACAAUAAAAAUCGAGCUCUUAACAAAAACAUCGCUGCCAACAGUGUUCCACAGGAUACCUUCUUCCCCUACCCCCAUACCCCCUCCUUCGCUGCUCUCCCAAAAUCAACAUCAGCGCAAUACUUCCCUCCUUUGUCAAUGUUCAAGACAUAUUUGUGGCAGCUGUCAUGAGCUCAACCGAAAAAUCGAAUGGCAGAAACCAA